CUUUCUCUCUUAACGCUGGCAAAAAUUGAUUUUUUUCGUUUAAGGCAAAAAAAGAAAAAUGUUUUAAUUAAUUAUUAAUUUUUAAGCAAAUAUUAACAUGUUUUUAAAGAAUACAAAUAUGAAAUGUGGGCUCUUAGGCUUAAUGCUGUUUAGCCUUUGUGUGUUUUCCCAUGCUAGUGAUAUUACCAAUGAAGUGUUUGGUGCUGUCAAGGAAGGCGUAGUUGCUGCCUUUGGAGACUUUAAUUCCGAUGAAUUGACUGAUGUGUUUCUUAUAAGGGAUAAUAUGAAAGUAUUGCAAAUAUUAUAUGGAGCCGAAACAGAACCCUUUUUAAGAAAUGGUCCUUAUUGUAGUUAUGAAAAUCAUCAAAUCACUAGCGUGGUGCCAGGUGACUUUGAUGGUGAUGCCUUAAUGGAUGUGCUGGUGACCUUGAAACCUAAAGACUCCCGUCAUGAUUUGUAUAGUGUUUUUGUGCAUUGGGGCGGUCCGGAAGGUUUAAAUUGCACCCCAGAAUCAGCUAAUCCUUUGCUACAAACCCUGGGAGAACCUUUGGCUUUAGAUUAUAAUUGUGACAUGAUUAUAGAUCUGUAUGGUUUGAAUGAAACGGGUGAUCGUAUGUUUUGGAUUUUCCAAAAAUCUCGAGAACCACCUCAGCAAAAGCGUCAAGCAAUACCUACGGAAACAAAUGCCUUACCGGCCAGUAUUAAGAUACCCAAUGCAAAUGCAUAUUUGGAUUUGAAUGGUGAUUUUAUGGCAGAUUUAUUUGUACAAACCGAUAAACACUAUGAAGUAUGGUAUGGCCGUUAUGGCGAGCAAAAGGAAGAUUUUACUUUUAAUCACACCAUCGAUAUUUCCAUAGUGGGUACCGAUUAUAAUUUAGGUCAAGCGGUAUUUGCCGAUUUUGAAUUGGAGGGUGUGGAGAAUAUUAUAUUGCCCGUGUGCUUUCACAAAGAUUGCAACAAUUCCACAAUUCUUGUACAUGAUGGCUCAAAUUUCCGUGAUGUUCAUGUCAAUUUUAAAGAUCCUCAGGCUGUCACUUGGGGUUUUGUGCCACCCGUUAAAGAUGAUGUUUAUUUGAAAACCAUUACUGCUCGCAGUGGUGACUUUAAUAUGGAUGGUUAUCCGGAUCUUAUAAUGACUCUACAAACCUUAACGGGCCCUAAACGCAUGCAGACGUUUCUGCUGGAAAAUGUUCCCUGUAAAAUGUGUAAUCCUCCGUUGAAAAGGACUUUUGAGGUUAAGUGGAAUGCUUUAAAUCCUUUGGGUAAUGAUACUGUGGCGGGAGCUUUCUAUGAUUUCUAUCAAGAUGGUGUCCUAGAUGUGAUUUUAAUACAGAAAACCAAAAAUGGCCAAUACAGACCUUUGGCUUUCCGCAAUACUUUAGACUAUGAUGCUAAUUUUGUAAAAGUUAUUGUUUUAACGGGUUUGGUUAACAAAAAGAAUCCCACUAUGCAUACCGCCUUAGGACGCAAGAAACGUACCUAUGGCACCAAUUUGCCAGGACCUCGCAUCACCUACUUUACCACCACCCAGGAUGGCGAUCUACAGCGUGGCUCCUCUGUGCAAUUGCCUCAAUCCUCCUAUUUUGCUUUACAAUUACCCUACACCAUCUUCGGCCUGGGUAGAACACCUAAUUUUGUUGAUUCUCUGACCGUGGGACUGGGCCAUAUGUCCCGUCCCUUUACCCAGCUUAUACCCAAUUCGCAAAUAAUAGUGGUACCCAAACCCAUAGAAGAUCCACAGCGCUGGAAGGCCCAAUUGUUUGUGACACCCAGCAAAUUAAUUCUUAUGAGUGUAGUGGCCUUGGGUGGUACUUGUUUGGUUAUAGUACUCAUCAUUUUAGUGCUUUACAUUAAGGAGAAACGUGAGGAUAAACAGGAAAAAUUACAAGAAGCCCAUCGUUUCCAUUUCGAUGCUAUGUAAAGGAGACAAUUUUUUUUCAAAAAUUGUUUGAAGAAGUGAUAUUGUUUAAGUUGUUUUCUUCUUGUCUCAUUUAUUAUUUUUUUAAUAUUAAAAAUUCGCUUAUAUUUUAAUUAGUGUUUACAAACAAUUUUUUCUUUUUAUUUCAUUUUAGUUUUAAGAAUUUUAUUUUAUCUUUUAGCACUAUUGGAACAUUUUACUAAUCUAAUAAAAAUACACUUUACUACAUAUUAUUGUAAUAAAAAGAAAUUUCAUGAAAUAAAAAGUAAAACUUAAUUAACAAAGUAAAAUAAAAACA